GAGUCCCGUCCCCCGCCCCGCCUGGAGCCUGCGCGGAGCCGCCGGGCAGCGCCGGGCCAUGGGCGGGCAGCGGUGAGCGCCGCGGCGGGGAGCGCCAUGCCGCCUCCCGAGCCCAUGCCCGGCUACGGGCAGCUGCUGCGCCGCGGUUACGGCAGCUUGGCGGCGGCCGUGCGGGGCUGCGGGGACUGCGGCUGGGAGCUGUCGCGGCGGACCUGGGCCGAAAACGCGCACCUGGGCUGGGGCGAGGUGCUGCUCUGCGGGCUCUGCGCCCUGGGAUGGACCGCGCUGCGCCGCGCCGCCGCCCGGAGAGUCUUUCGGCCCUUUGGGGAGUGGUGUAACUUGCAGCCGAAAGAUGCUGCCAAGAUGCCCGAGAGCGCCUGGAAGCUGCUUUUCUACACGUUAUCCUGGUCGUAUGGCAUCUACCUGCUCUUCUUCACCGACUACCCCUUCUUCUAUGACCCACCGUCUGUCUUUUAUGACUGGAAGAAGGGCAUGGACGUGCCCACAGACAUCGCCAUCGCCUACCUGUUGCAGUGCAGCUUCUACGGGCACUCCAUCUACGCCACCGCCUACAUGGACACGUGGCGCAAGGACUCCGUUGUCAUGCUUCUCCACCACGUGGUCACGCUGACCCUCAUAGCCUUCUCCUACGCUUUCAGGUACCACAAUGUGGGCAUCCUCGUGCUCUUCCUGCACGACGUCAACGAUGUGCAGCUGGAAUUCACCAAGCUCAAUGUCUACUUCAAGCACCGGGGGGGAGUCUAUCAUCGCCUCAACGACGUCAUCUCCAACAUCGGCUGCCUCACCUUCAGCGUCAGCUGGUUCUGGUUCCGUCUCUACUGGUUCCCCCUCAAGGUGCUCUACGCCACUUGCUACUCCAGCCUCCAGUCGGUCCCUAAUAUCCCCUUCUACUUCUUCUUCAAUGCUCUGCUCCUUGUCCUCACUCUGAUGAACAUCUACUGGUUUCUGUACAUCGUCCUCUUUGUGGCCAAGGUGCUGAUGGGGCAGAUGCAAGAGGUGAACGAUGUGCGGGAGUACGACGUGGAGGACAGCAAGAAAACCACAACGGCCAAGAAGAAAGAGGCUGGACUCCAGCUGCCCAAUGCUCUGAAAGAAGGGAUGCACCUGAAGAAUGGACUUGUCAAAGACAAGCGGUUAUAAGGGAAGCGUGGCUGCUGCAGCCCGGGCAGCCUGGCUGGCUCUGGGGACUGACCCAGGACCCUGUGCUCAAACCCAGCGAAUGAAAGGCACAAGGAGAACUUCAUCCCCGAUACCCCUUCAUCCCCUGCCUGGAGCAGGGGAAGAGAUGCCACUGGCAGGAUCGGGCCCCUCCUGGGGCUUGCCUAUGACCAGGCUUCACCUGAUGCUGAUGUGCUUUCUGUAGCCAGUCCGUGCUGGUUCAGUUGAGAGGCUGGUGACUUUGCUGGUCCAGGUAGGAUUUGGAGCUGGCUUUAGGUCCCCUGGUGUUUCUUCUGUCACUCCAUUCCUCGGCUAUUUUCAGUCUCUUUGUGAUUUCCUCUGUCUUUAUUGUUGGACCCUCCGACCAACCCUUCCUCAGCAGCCCCGAAGGGUCCUCUGACCCAGCGUGAGACUGGGGAAGGAAGCGUCCUCUCCUCUGUUGGCAUCGCCGUCCCAGGCGAGGGGAGCCCAAAGCCAGCUCUUCUCUAGCUGCCAAGCAGGGACUAGAGAGGUGAUGCAGUGCAGCUCCGAGCCUUCCUCCUCAGGAGGGAUCGCCAGUACAGAGCUGCCCACGUGUAUCUGGAGGCCCAGCACGGUUCUCGUGAGCAGGUCUGCCUGGAAACCCAGCUCUGGAGCAUUAUUGCAGCCUCCUGUCCUGCCGGAUGAGGGCCAGGAGAUUUAAUUUGCUUAAAAAGCUGAUGUAAGUCUCAUAGUUGCUUAAAAAGCCUGUCCCAGUCCUGCAGGGUCCCCUGCCGAGGGAUCUCUGGCUCUCACCCAGCGAUGUCCGCUUGCUCAAGCGAAGAACAAAAUAGUUUCUGCUCCCUGUGGUGGGUUUCCAGGCAGCACCGGCCCCGGGGCUGGGCUGGGCGGUGUGUCCCUGUGCUGGGCAGCCCUGCGGAUUUUACAGCCGCUCACGCCAAGACUUGUCCCAUCGCUCUCCCCUCCUGGGGCCGGGACACGCAGCUCCUGCGUCCUCCCAGGGAAGGGAAGCUCCCUCCCAGCUGGGGACGGCCGGCAGUGGAGGGGGGGACUCGGGGUGUUAAUUCCAGGCAUCGGAGGGUGGUUGUUGGGUGGGGUUUGUUUUUUUUUUUUUCUUGUUUGGUCUGUCAUAUUGAUUCAACUCCAGGCUCAUUGCAUGAACCACGGGGGAAUGUUCCUUGGUAAACAGAAGGCAAAACGUGACUUGGGCUGGGGGAAACUGUCCCGCGCUGCGGCAGGAUCUGUCACCCGCUCGCUCGUCGUCGCCUGGCAGGGUUUCGGGUGGGGGGGGGCAUCUCAGUGCUUUAGUUCCUUGGCUUUCAAGGAAGGAAGAAAUGAAGGGAACCAAUAUCCCAGGCCUUUUUCAGUCGUAGCAGAGUUGGGGCAGCGCCGGUGCCAAGUUGGGGUAACGGCAGCACCUGGUCAGCACGUGCGCAGGAAAACUGAAUUUCAUAGAAUCGGCUUGCCCAGGCUUCGACAUUUAGCUGGGUAACUCGGCCAGCGGCACGUGUGUGUGUAAAACCGGGUGCGCUGCCCGCAGCGGUGCUGCGAUGGCUAGAAGGGGCUGUGCAGACAGGGGGGGUCGCGGGGCUCCUCUGCCUGGCUGGGGCAGGGACGGGGUGCUGGGGGAGGGUGCUGACGGCUUUCUGUGCCGGCCCUGGGGCUGGGUGUCUUGUGGGCAGGGUGGCAUGCGUGCGGCUGGGAGCUGAAGCGAGAGUUUAAAGAUUUGCUGCGCUGGAAGUAGGGAGGUGCCAGAUGCCGUGAUUUGGGAGGAGGGAGCGAGAGGAGACCCUGGUCUUUGUCUGUCCCUGGGUCUGGGUGGGAUGUCUGCAGCGGAUGGGAGCAGUGCUUGACCUGCUGGCAGCUCUGGAUGGGGAGGAUCUGUACAGCAGUCCUUCCCUGCCUCUGGGGACUCUGUGGUUGGACCUCGAUGGCGUAGGGAUGUGGGAGAGACGGUAGGAGCUCCGAGGGCAGCUGCCCUCCCGCCACGCAGCCUCAAAGGGUUAACAGGUCCUGGGGAGCCGUUCACACCCUCUGCCCAAUCCUGGGAAUCCCUCUGUGCUAAUUGAGCACUAACCCGAUCAAAGGCUCCAAUCAGGCAAUCAACACCCCCCUGGCCCCUGUCUUCAGGUCCCCAGCCCCAGCCGCUCUUUGUCUGCGGGAAGGAGAGCAAAGCAAUGUGGCUUCUCCCCACGCACGCCAGCUUUAGAGCAGGCCUUGCCUGGGCUCUCCUCAGCGUGGUUCUGGGGAUGGAGCUGAGUUUGCAGGAAAGUUUACUGCUAAAAUCCUUGGGUCUGAGCGCCAAGCCCAGCCCGAAAACCCCCGUUCCUGUGCCGUCCGUGCUCUGGCGGAUCUUCCAGAAGAGAAAGACGCUGCCUUCUACAAACAAAGACCUGGCGGAUGCCUGUAGGGUGGAGGAAUUUAAUGUCCCUGGGAACAUCAUCCGUGUCUUGGCUGACCAAGGUACAGAAACGCCAUGGGUUGGGUCCUGCCUUUUGGAAGCCACGCUGCUCUCUGGGCUGGGAGAUUUGCUCCGGUCCUUCCCUUUCUGUCUCUUGGGUGUAGGUAGGAGAGGCUGGGGGAGGACGGGGCAGUGGCCAGAAGCGGUCUCCAGGAGAAAUCGCUGCUGUGUAAACUCUGGUCCCUCUGGAUGUUGUAGAUAAUUAUUUACGGUUUAGAAAUGCAUCGGUAGACAAGGUGGUGGGUGAGGGUGUGGAGCUGUGUAAGGCUCUGUCCUGGAGUCACCUCCUGCAGUCCAGAGAUGCUGGUUUGAUCCCAGGUGACUGGUUUGACCCGUCGGGGUGGUGGGUGCAGCGAGUGAGACCAGCACCCAGCUUUGGGUGGGGAUGGGAUGCUCGGCCCUUGGGCUGUGUCGUGUCCCCCCCCUCCUUUUUGCCCUCGUGCCUCUGGCUGACCACGCAGCACAUCUGGCUGCUUCAGCCUGGGGCCUCUCUGAGCCGUUCUCAGUUACGUGGGAACUGUUUGGUCGGUGUCCUCUAGGUCUCAAGACACCAUGGAGCUCGCUUCUCUUGUGAUUGAAGGUUUCCAACGGAAACCUUGGGCUGGCUUCAACAGGCAGCUUACCAGUUCCUAACAUUUGCUGCUAUUCGCCCUCCUUUCCCCUCCAUCCCAAAUAUCUGGCACCCACAACCACCCCCUUGUACUGGGGGGAGAUAUUUACAGCUGAGGAAAAAAUAACUCACCAAGACGUUAAGUAGAGGAGAUACUGGAAUGGCUGUAGCAUCCCAGGGCCACGGGCUGAAGCCCAGGCUAGUGUUUGUGCCUCCAGACCUUUCUGAAGGCCAUGCCAUCAGGCUGAUAGACCCUAUCGCAUCAUUGUCAUCUCAAUCUGAUGACUGUGGGUGUGCUUGGCUGCCCGCCUCCAUCAGCCCCAUCUUUGUCUCGCUGUGCAGCCAAGAGCUUAAAUUGGAGCACUGGGAGGCUGAUCCUGCUCAGCGUAACAGGUUUCAACCACCGCUGCCUCUAUUUCUCCUUCUUUGUCAGGCCACUUCAUUCAUAACGGGCAGCCCCAGAGGUUGCUGUGUCUGCAGAAGCGUCUGUACUUUAAUCUCUCGGUGCUGGAGGAGGGCGAGCGCUUGACGAUGGCUCAGCUAGAGAUCAAAUUCAGCCACAACUCCUACCACACCUCCGGCCAGGGGCAGGUUUUUGAGCUGAGGCUCUACCAAACCUCCCAGAUUUCUCUACGGGGGAUGCCCCCCAACGAGCACGGCCGAAAACUGCUGGUGGAACAGUCCUUCGCCCAGCUGCACAAGUCUCUUCUCUUCAACCUGAGCAGGGUGGCGAAGGACUGGAGAACAUACAGCAGGAAUCUGGGCUUGAUCCUGGAGAUCUCGGUGAGUGGCAGAGAUGGUGCAUCAGCCCUGAUGAGCGGGGAGCUGCAGAGCCUCUGUGCCAGCAUCGACUCCUUCCUGGACACCUCUCUCCUGGUGGUGACCCUCAGCCAGCAGCAGUGCAAGGCUUCCAGGAGGAGGAGAAGCGCUCACUACCCCCCCGUCACUCCGAGCAACCUCUGCAAGCCCAGGCGGCUUUACAUCAGCUUCAGCGACGUCGGCUGGGAGAACUGGAUCAUUGCCCCGCAGGGCUACAUGGCUAAUUACUGCCUGGGUGAGUGCCCCUUUCCCCUGACCGCGGAGCUGAACAGCACCAACCACGCCAUCCUCCAAACCAUGGUGCACUCGCUGGACCCGGAGGGGACCCCCCAGCCCUGCUGCGUCCCCGUCAGGCUGUCCCCAAUCUCCAUCCUCUACUACGACAACAACGACAACGUGGUGCUGAGGCACUACGAGGACAUGGUGGUGGACGAGUGUGGCUGCAGAUAGCGGAGCGGUGGGGGAAGCGUGUGCCGUGGGCUCCUGGCUGAGGCGGUGGAUGAGUGAUGGAAUAAAUCCAAGUGUGUUAAAUCCCCUCUGUGCUGGUGGUCAGGGAGGGUCCCGUUGGGGCGCUGAGUGUCGGAGCUCCCCCCUGGAGUCAUGAUUUACUAAUAGCCGGGUGCUCGGCCCUCCCCGCGGCUGUCUGCUACAGCCAGCAGCUUAUUAUGGGAUUAUGAUCAAGUCUGAUGCUGGCUGUUUAGUUUGUUUAUGAUGCUGGCACCAGGUUGUGAAUCCCAGACCCCUCGUGCUUGGCCAAGCUGCCGCUGGUCCCAGCGAGGGACCCGCAGCAGGGCUUGUGCUUUUUUGGGUAAAUGCUGCAGCUUGCUUAGUGCAAAAAGAAAUGAUGGGUUUUUUUUGGUGAAAUGAUGGUGGUGGGGCCCUGCUGUGCCGGGAGGAGGUGACGUGGCAGCUCUGGUCCUGCUGCAGGAAGAUGUAUGGUGUCACAGCACGAGCUGCAUCGCUGCGGCUCUGUGUGACUGAAUCCCUUCCCGCAGCGGUGUCGGAGCCUGGAGGGGCGCGGGUUUCGUUCUCUCUUGCUGGGGGAAAUCGAGCCUGAGCUACUUCUGUUGUGCGGUUUGGGGGCAGGGGCUGUACAUGGCUCCGAGCUGCCGAGGGGCAGGGUGCUGCCGGAGGGGUGGUUGUGGCUGAGGAAAGAAAAGGGGGAGUGGGGGGGGGGGGGGGGGGGGUGCGGUGCCCCGAUGCAGAGGUGGGCACAGGGUGGUACGGGGGGGGGGGGAGUCGGUGGCAUCUUGUUCCCUCCCAGCCUGCUGGGAGUCAGUGGUUAAUUUACCUCAUUUGCAAAUUGAAGAGACCGGGGGUGGGUGUAGCCCUGCCGGACCAGCCUGACCCGCAGCUGGAGCCAGAUGGCAGCCAAGCAUCAGCAACGGCAGCUCCGCACCGCGCAGCAGCGUACCCAGCCCAUUGCAGUAGCAUGGCCAUGCUCUUAGCAAGUGUUGUAAUGCCGCUAACAAGAGCGAGCAGAGCAGUGCGGCAGGGACCCAGCCCUGCACCGUCUUCUCUGAGCAGCGGUGAUCACCGAUGGAGGAGCUGCCGCUUUUCUUCCACCUUUCAGCAGUCACGGCCCUGGGGCAGCUGGGCCUGGGCGUCCCUGUGUCGUGCUGGCUGGUGUCAAACAGCUGAUGGGACCCGACGCCUGGCCCUGGACUGGGGUUUAGCACCAGCCUGUCCAGCUGCAGCUUUCUGGAUCCAGCUUUGCUUUGCUUUUUUUUUUUUUUUGUGUGUGUGUGGGGGGUUUGCAAAGGGGGAACAGAAAAGGAAUCUGAAUUAGACUUGAAAUUGUUUUUUUGUCUCUUUGUUUUACUGUGAACCUGACACCAUAGCAUAGAUUGUGGUGGUGUUUGUUUUUUGCUGGGUGGGGGUUUUUUUGGUUUUUUUUUUUUUUUUGUACCAAUGCUGUGUUGUCUCCAAGCUCUGAUGAAGUAUUACCAGGCUAAACUGGGCCUUCUCCCUCUGGGAAAGCACUAAAGGUUUAACCACUGUUGGACUUGCAGAGGAACUGUCUUCCUGUCCCCUGGGACAGUUUUUGCUAACACCCCUGAGCUGUGUAGCUGCAGAGCAGGACUGGAGUAGCUGAAGUACUUCAGCUGUGUAGCAUACUAAUGUUUUUAUGUUCAAAUGUUUUUCUUGCCUAGCAGAGGGCUCCAGCGCAGACCAGCCCUGUGUUACUCCAGCAGAUGACCAAGCGUGAUGUUGAAACCCAUUUCAAGCACUUAACUGUUUUAAGGGCUUAGAGUAGGGCUUAACUAAAGCAAGCAGGAGUCAGUUUUUUCACAUUUAGGAUAGGCAGGAUUAAGAAAACCUUUAAGUAUUAGUUAGUUGGUACCUGUGGCAGACUAAGGCUCUCCUUCACAUAGGGUGGGGAUGGCAGAUGCCAUCCCUGGUUCUCCAACAUGAUGGAGGGUGACUGCCCCCCCCCGCCUCACCCCCGACACGGAGCAGCUGCAGUGAGCUGAUACACAGGGUGGUGCCAGGCCCAGCUUUGCUGAGCCAGCCCUGUACUGCAGGUAAAUGCCAUGUUCAUGUUUACUGCAGCACAGGGGAAGGAGGAAGAGGAGGAGAGCUGCCAGGCAGGACCUAUCACCUCUAGUCCCAGCCUUUCCUAACUCCUGCAGCCCCUGGGAUGGUGAAGCAGAGGAGGGAAGAGGGGUAGGGCACUGAACAGAGUUUCUACAGUUCAUUUGCUUACCCAUGUAUGCUAUGCACACACCUCACUUUUGUACUAGUCUGUUUAAAAAAAGAAGUAAUAAACUUGACAUUUAUACAAUCAGA